AUGGUAUGAAGCACAGAGGAGGCACAAGUCCACACAGCAGGACGUUUCAAAGGGAUUAAAUGCACUGUGGAGACAUACUGCACGUUUCGUCAUGAUUGUCUACAGAACAGAUCAAACGCUUGUCUGUCUUCUUAUCGUUGUGAUGGCAGGAGCAGAAGUGCAGGAGAACCUCUCACCUGAGUGUAAACAGUUCCUGUACAUGGGCACACUGCCUCGAGGGCUUGAGGAGCAGCCUUUCAAAAAGAUUUGCCAGUUCUACGAGGGCAAGCCACGAUUUGUCACCCUGUAUGACACCUUCAACCACAUCCCUGUUUAUUCUGCGUACACCUUUAAGCGCUCGGAUGGCUCCAAGAAGGUUGAUGUGCCAUGGAUGUUUGAGCCACAGCUCUCCACAGUGUCUGGCUCCAGAGAGAUGCAGCAGUUCCCUUCAGAAUAUGUCCAGAAGAGUUUUGAAGAUGCCCAGGCCGUGCUUGAUGACUACUCUGACAGUGUAAUCUUUGAACGAGGUCAGCUGAAUCCAGACGAGCACCAGGCCCACCCUGAUGACAAAGCAUCCACGUACACACUGACUAACGUGGUCCCUCAGGUCAGAGAGUUCAACAUCGGCCCCUGGAAAAACCACGAGCACACCAUCCGGAGGAGGCUCAACAACUAUUGCCGUGGCACUGCUUACGUGAUCACCGGGGUCACGACCUCAGGGCACACAAUCCGCCGCCACAACAUCAACCGCCUGGGUAUCCCCACCUACCUCUGGUCAGCCUACUGUUGUACUGAUUUUGACCACAACGCACCAUACUCUGAGCGCUCGAAGUUCCCUGCAUUUGCAGCCAAUGGGCUCAACGACAGGGAGAACGACAAGGUUCAAGAGAUGACAGUGCCGCAGCUGGAGGACUUCCUGAAGAGGGUAACUUAUGUUGGAAGCUCUUUCCAGCUCUUCUAUGACAACUGUGUGCCACCUAAUAGUGCCAAUAGUGCCCUGCACCUGACUUAAAAUAGUGGAGAAGGUCCUCCAUAUUCAGUAUAGAUUGAUAUUCACACACACUAGUGUCAGUUAACAUUUAGCAGCUAAUGGGAACCAAUCAUUUCACUCAAAAUCUAUUGUUUUUUUUUAAAACCAAUUGAUUCUACAUUUUGCACUUUCCCUGGGUAAAUAUAGCUUGCUGCCAACAUUUACAGCAGGUUGUUAGCUACUAAGUGGACCUUUUAGCUUAGAUUUUGUUACAUAAACUGUCCCUAAAAGGUCAAGAUUGUCCUCCAUGUUAACAAAGAAGAACCCCUUUGUCACUAAGGUACAAUUUAAAACAUUACAAAUUCUCCCUAUUAUUCCAUAUUGUUAUUCUGUAGUACAUCAACUAUAAUUCAGUUAUGUCGUAUUAGAUGGUGUAUGCUUGUUGUGCAUGAACUCACCAUGAAAACCCAAAGCCUGAGUGGUUGUACUCAUUCACUUUAUCGCAUGUUAACUUAUCCUCUUAAUGACUGGGAACUACACCUGCCUCUGUAGGCCUUUUGUUCUGCAGUCAGAUUAGGCCAACAGUUUUACAUUUUCACACACAGCCUCUAAACUGUAGCAGUACUAUGCACCACACAGACUAAUCCAGGGCAAACUGAGCCUAUAUCAAGAUUCUGACUUUUCAUUUUAGUUUUUUGAUCCUAUACAUACACAUUAUGUAUGUAUAUAUAUAUAUAUAUAUAUAUACACACACACACCUAAAGCUUUACUUGUCAAUGAAUGUGAAUUUGCAUUUCCGAGCUGAUCAGAAUAGAAAACCAUAAUAACGAUUACUAUUAUUUGUUUAUGUUUGGGUAUCAAACUGUCAUGAAAUGUGACCUACAGAAGCUAAAUUGUUUAAAUAAAGUAAAAAUAAUCUUUCUCCCAUUA